AUGAGUUCAUCCGAAAUUUCAACGUUCACGAAGGAGCAGCUCUCUGGACUUUUCAAGCCGCCUUACACUUACAAAGAGGCCAAAGAGUCCACAGGACUUGCCGAGAAUGAACCUAUUGACAACCUCCAAGACGAUGACAUAGUAGACAACAGUCUGGAUGACGAUCGGUUCUUUGAAGCUGCCGAGCAUGAAUCCGUUGUUUUUGGUGUGAAACUCCGAAACAUUCAUGGUGUUGAGAUUCCUGCAACCGAUCAUGAAACAUGGAGUGUAAAAGCCUCCGACGGGACUUGGGGUAUCUUCAAGAAGAAAAAGGAAGUGAAAUUGACGUUCGGCCGCAUUAUAGCGCUGGCAGGUGACUUUUACAGCACCCAUGCAGAUGACAACAGAACCCCUGUCUGCGGCGCUUUCUUCGCUGAAAGUCCUAGUCUCAGCACACCUGAGGGCUGGAAUGCCGCUGUUAGCCGCUUCAGAAGCGCUGUACAGAGUCUCAAGGACGAUACUGACCGAAACCUCAUCAGUAUCGGGGACUUGAUCGACAAAGAAAAAAAGGGUACUGAUGAAGCAGAGAAGGAGAUAAAGGAUGGUGAGAACAAGGGAGAUCUUCAUACAAUUGCGAACGCCUACCAUGACCAUGGCUGUGGUAUCCCGACCAACAAAGCUUGGAUUGAGGCUACCAUUGGUUUCAACAACCCCAAGUCAAGCCUCUACGCCUGGCUGUCUUACAUCAACGCUGACCACUUUGGCGACGACGCGCUUACGGCUUACAAGGUCGGCCACUCGGAAGCUAUGAGGCUCGCUAAAGAGGCAGGGGCCAAGACAUCGGAUACUGACAAGGCAAAUGGUCUGCAAGACGCUUAUAUGCACGAAGCCUUUUGCCUUCAUUAUCUGACAGAUGCCUUUUCUUCCGGCCAUAUCAGAGCACCAAGACGUCAGAUUCACAACGACGACUAUGACGAGCAAAGCAUCGCUGCUACUUCUGCAAUUCUCGGCAAGGAGACCCCGAUCUGGGAUUUCCAGGCAAACUACAUGCAUGACAACGAUUCGGAUACUGGGCUUCUUGUCCAGAAUCAACUUGGCCAACAGUGGCUUUGCUACGGCGAUAAGCAGUUCAAGGAAUCAUGGGAUAUUGUUAACCGAGCUCGAAUCAUGAACUGCGUCCAAGCAUCAGUGGACGAACUAUACCAAGACGCUUUUACCAAUCAGAACGCCAAGACCCCGUCAGACUUUAAUGCCGUCAAGCACAUCCCUGUCCCGAUGCUAGCAGCUGGCAAGGGCCCGUCAACAGGCUGGAAGGCUGAAUGGGGCGGCUAUGACAUCCACAACCCUGUUCCUCUGUGGCAGGUCAACUCAGAAGACGACAAAACAGCCUGGACGAUCCGUUCUAACGUCAAUGACCAUUCUGUGUUCAGCAGGAAACCCAGCACACUCAAGAAUACGUCAACCAGCUGGAUCCCUUACUCAGUUGAUGCAAGCAAAGAAUGCUAUGAAGCACGUGACAGUGACUUCCGCACCAAGGGCUCGGCACCUUUGGCAAGGCCCAUUGAUGGACUCGCCAGUGGAGGUUUUAUUCAGAUUCAGGAUCUCGCUCCUGGACCAUCCCGCUUCCAGACAUGUGUCAACUUCUGGGGACCGGUUUUCGUUGGCAUCCACGAUCGAGAAGGAAACGUGGAAGACAAAGAUACUUUUACUCUGCGAAACCGCAUUAUCGACUUUGACAGCUAUGAAGAGAGGAGCACUAUCCAGCCACUUCAGUGUGUUAAAUGGCACGACAAGGACAGUCUGGUCGUUUACCGUCUGAUGCUGCAACAAAAUGCAGGUAAAAAGACAAUCACACUUUCUGGCUGGAGAGUGAAGGAUAUAUCGACAUCUUCAGGAAAAGACCAGGCCACAUUUACUCCUGAUCAAUCCUGGGCCUUUGAAGCAACCAAGCUAUUCAAAGACUCUCCCGUGACGGAAGUGUUUUCGUCCGCGAAUUUUAUCAGAGCCCUCACAGGAAACUUCAAAGCUCAAGCCGGUACUAAUCUGGCAAUCCUGAAGUUUGACAUCGGCAAUCCCGUUGGAAUUAGUCUCGUUGCAAACGACGGUACUCCCAAUUCAAACACAACGGCAACGGACACCAAGGGAGUUUAUAACUUUGUUAAGAUCUUGAAGACUGGCGAUUCGGAUUGUGUUCUCUUGGCAUCAUUCGAAAAGGGCGAUUCUGACACUACGAAGAUGUCACUUGAUGUGAUGAAUCUCACUGGUGAUGCACCUACUGUCAUGAAGCAUCAGGCCAGUAUCUCACUAUCCCCUCAGUCAUCCCAAAUUGUUCUUGUCGGCGAUCUGCAAAAGACUGGAAAAGACCAGAUCGUCGCGCUUUUUGAUAGCCCGGACAAUCUCACCGUCAGAGUGAACGACUACACCUCAAAUUGCAUCACUGAAACCACCAAGAAACAUGUUCCACAAUCACUAUCAGGCUUUCCUCUCAUAAAACCAUUCUUCAGCGCACUCGUUCCCUCUGAGGACCGCGCUUCACCCAACAGUCUUUCCAUCCUUCAGGUUUCGCUACACGAGUACAAACAGAAACCUCAUUUCAUCUUCCGCUUGACAGACACUGUCAGCUGGACUACGAAGACAUCAACACCCGUAGAGGAUAGACUCGCUUCUGACCCUCACUACUUCCACUUGAAAUGGAUUCGCUGUUCCAGAAGGUCAGACUUUGAUCUCAAUACCUCAAAUGCUAUUCUCGAGGUAUUCUCUUUCUACGGUGUACUUGGCAUUCGACUUUUUGCCCCUAUCAGCGAGAAGAACCUGGCAAACUAUCAAGAGAUUGGUAUGUUGCAGUACAUGGGUCAAACAAGCAUUGGAACCGGGUUAGGAUGUGAGGGUGACUGGGGUAGUGGCAUUCUUACUUGGGGAACUGAAAGGAACGAUUUUGUCGAUUUUGAGGCAUUCAAGCCCCAUACUAGCGGUAGUGCUGGAAAGGGAACCUGGGGUAUGUCGGCUACAGAUACUGAAAGACCUCUUGUCAAGGGAUGGGACGUCGACUCACGACCAGGCUACAAGGUUUAG